ACAUCACUUUUUGCCAUAAAUCACAACAUAUUCCCAGUUAUAAAAGUGUUGGUCUCCCAUUGUGCGAUCAUUAAGUUCUUCCGUGUCCACGAAGUCGGUACAAAAUGACUCUACCUGUUUGCUGCGCCGUGUUGUUGUUGGUGGUGGCACAAAGCUAUGGUCGUCCAGGUGUGUUAGAAUCUAAUGUAGGUGGUAGUGUUCAAUACGGCUGGGAUGUGGGCGGUCAUCUAGGCUACGAUAUGGAAUCCGAUGAAAAUGGUUUUGACCUCAAUGCUGGUGCGAAGGGCCUGUGGGGUGCAGCGGGAGGCACUGGUGUGGGGCUACAGAUCGGACAGAACGGCCCAUAUGGAGGAAAGGGUAUCGCGGUAGCCGGCAAAGCCGGAGCCAAAACUAGAGCUUUAGCAAAGGCUGGUAUAAAUGGACGCAUUGGAAAGAAACUCAUGGAUGCUAGUGGACAAGUUGGCAGUCAAAUAGGAGCAAACGUUGGAGCUAACAAAGGUUUUUACUUCACGCCACGAACCGCAGAAGUUGAUCCUUGGAGCAGACUUGGUAAUUGGGGUACGCCAUACGGCUAUCCAUCGUAUCAUCAAGAGUCAAGCCCAUAUGGAUAUUUUCGCUAGAAAAUCAAUCACUUCACAUUGUAACACAAAUUGCCAAAUAAGCUCUGUUACGGUAACCUGCAUUUGUACCUUUGAAAUAUAUACAACUUACUGAUAAAUAGAUAUAUUUUUAUUGCCUUCCUAAUGUUUCUCUAUUCUUCCCAUAAUUUCUAACCAAUAAAUGUCAUUCGUUACAAGCAAUUAUAUACACAAAUACAGUUCCUUACUAUUUAAAAAAAUAUAUGUAAAAGCCGAAGGGAAGUAAAGGUCGAGAAAGAGAGAGAAGAAAAGGGGUAGGGAAUGCGUCGCUUGGAAGGGAUCUUCGCCCGCGCUCUAAAGAGUCCUGGGAGCGGGGCGGCCGUCCGGAGGACGAGCAUCUGCAAGACCACAGAUUAUUGGUAUGGGCGAACAUUUUUCUCGCCAUGUCGACAACAUACUUCUCAACCAAAGGGACCCCCAGAUUAUGGGCGAACAGGUCAUUCCGAACGUACCGCGUCGCUUCCAUGCAGAAACGAAGGGAUAGCUAAGUUGUUAUCCCGAUAAGAAAAAAAUAACAUGGUAGGUGGCGAUAGGGGACAAAACAACGUUUGCCGGAUCUUCUAAUCAUAAUUAUAAAUCAUAAAAAUCUUUGACUUGAUAUUGAACUAAAUUACUAAAAUAACAUUUCUUGCGAAACCAAUAGCUAAAUAGAUACCUACCUCAUAUAGAUGUUUACUAAACAUACCAAUAAACAACUUAUAGAACACGUUAUAAAAGAUAAUUAUAUUGAACUUCCUUCGGGUCAUCAGAUACUUCCAAAUUCGAGAUAACGAUACAUAUAUAAACACUAACACGUAAUUCUUCAUACACAAUACAGUAGGUCAGUAAGUUUUCUUCACAUAAGACGACAAUAAUGGCUUUCAAAAUUGCGUGUUUAUUGUUGGCAGUGGCAGUAGCUAGCUACGCCUUGCCUCAACCUAGUGGAUAUGGUAGCAGCCAAGGCGGCUUCGGCAAUGACCGUGGAUUUGGCUCCGGUCAAAGUAGGCAAAGCGGUUUUGGAUCAGGACAAAGUGGACACGGAUCCAGUGGAUACGGGAGCAGCCAAGGCGGCUUCGGCAAUGACCGUGGAUUUGGCUCCGGUUCAAGUCCAAGUAGGCAAAGCGGAUUUGGAUCAGGACAAAGCGGACACGGAUCCAGUGGAUACGGGGGCAGCCAAGGCGGAUUCGGCAAUGACCGUGGAUUCGGUGGAGCAGACCAGGGCGGCUUCGGUUCAAGCCACAGUGGGCGUGGUAGCGGAGGCUUCGGUAGCGACACCGGUUUCGGUGGACAAAGCGGACAUCAUGGUAGUAGUCAUGGGCAUCAUGGCGGUUACCAACAGCAUGGAUAUUAAUUAGAUUAAAACAUGUAGAUUCUUUUUUUAUAAAUAAACAUAUAGAAACAUUA